AUGUCUGCUUCUGGUGCUUUGUCGCAUAAGGACGAGACGGAAGUUACAAGCAAGGUGGCUAAUAACGAUACCACUGCAUCUUCCAAUAACGACUCUAGCUCGAGAGAGGAUUUGAAUGAAUCCAAGAAACUUGACGAAAAGUUCGAAAACAGGGACUUAGAAGUCUACGUUUCAGACCACAAUGAAGCCUCCGACAAAAUCGAUUUCAUCGGUGGUGACAUUGAUGACAACGGAAGAGAACCAACUGAAGAAGAAAUGCAAACUUUAGUACAUGUUGCUGAAAAGAUUCCAUUUACUUGUUGGUUAAUCGCUAUUGUUGAAUUGGCUGAAAGAUUCUCCUACUAUGGUUUGUCUGCUCCAUUCCAAAACUAUAUGCAAAACGGUCCUCAUGACACUCCAAAGGGUGUUUUGCAAUUGAAGUCACAAGGUGCUACUGCUCUAUCUUACUUCUUCCAGUUCUGGUGUUAUCUAACUCCAUUGCUAGGUGGUUACUUGUCUGAUACUUUCUGGGGUAAGUACAAAACGAUUUGCGUUGGUGCCGGUAUUUACUUGGUUGGUAUUUUCUUGUUAUUCAUGACUUCGAUUCCAAGCAUCAACCACAGAAAUUCUUCUCUAGGUGGUUAUAUCCUUUCCUUGAUCUUGAUUGGUAUUGCUACCGGUUUCAUCAAGUCUAACUUGUCGGUCUUGAUUGCCGACCAAAUUCCAAAGACCAAGCCAAGAAUUAAGGUUUUGAAGAACGGUACCAAGGUCAUCGAAGAUCCAAACGUUACCAUGCAAAACGUCUUCAUGUUCUUCUACUUAAUGAUUAACAUUGGUUCCCUAUCUGUCAUGGCUACUACCCACUUGGAAGCCGAGUAUGGUUUCUGGGCUGCUUACUUGCUCACAUUCUGUUUCUUCUGGAUCGGUAUUGUCGUUCUUGUGUUCGGUAAGAACAAAUAUGUUAAGAAGCCAAUUGGUGAUAACGUUAUCGCCAAGAGUUUCAGAGUUUGUUUCAUUGCUUUGCGUAACGGUUUCAACUUGAAUAGAGCUGUUCCAUCUCUAAAUCCAGAGAAGGAAUACCCAUGGAAUGAUUUGUUUGUCGAUGAAAUCAGAAGAGCUUUCAAGGCCUGCAAAGUGUUUGUGUUUUACCCUAUCUACUGGUUAGUUUACGGUCAAAUGUUAAACAACUUUGUUACCCAGGCUGGUACCAUGGAAUUGCACGGUUUGCCUAACGAUUUCUUGCAAGCCAUCAACUCUAUUUCUUUGAUUGUGUUUAUUCCAAUUAUGGAACACUUAGUUUAUCCUUUCAUCAGACGCUUCACUCCAUUCAGACCUGUCACCAAGAUCUUCUGGGGUUUCACCUUCGGUGCUGCUUCCAUGGUUUACGCUGCUGUUUUGCAACAUUUCAUCUACAAAGCUGGUCCAUGUUACGACCACCCUCUAAAAUGUAGCCCAGAAUUCAAGAACACUCCAAACAGAGUGCACAUCGGAUGGCAAGUUCCUGCAUACGUGCUAAUCGGUUUAUCCGAAAUCUUCGCAUCCAUUACCGGUUUGGAAUAUGCCUACUCCAAGGCUCCAGCUUCCAUGAAGGCCUUCAUCAUGUCCAUUUUCUUGGUGACAAAUGCCUUUGGUUCAGCCAUUGGUAUUGCCAUGUCUCCAACCUCCGAAGACCCUAAAUAUGUCUGGACUUUCUCCGGUUUAGCUGUCGCAUGUUUCCUCGCCGGUUGUGCAUUCUGGGGCUGUUUCCAACACUACAAUAAGGACGAAGAACGUAUGAAUGCUCUAGACUACGAAGUCGAAGAGCAAGCCCUAACCCAUGUAGGUGUCACUGGCGAAGCCACUGCCUUGUACAGCGUUUCUUCUGCUCGUAGCGCAACUCAACAACAGCAACAGCUACGUCAAAAGAUGUCCCGUGAAGUAUAA